AUGCUCUCUCAAAGUACCGGGACACCCUUCACGGGUGAGAUUCCGGACAAGGAAACCCUUCACGAGGUGAUGCGCUACAUGCCGUACAACCGACGCACCCUGACAGCCGUGCGAUGCAUCUCGCGACCGUUUCGCAGCGCUGUGCAGAGCCCGCAGAGCCCAUGGGCACCACACAAGGAAAUCAUGGUCUCCCGCUACGGCCAGUGCAUCAUCUUCAACGCCCAAGAAGACGAGCAGGGACGCAGCAGCUACUCCCUGUACUCUAUCUCCUCUAUCGGUCGCAAGUUUCGCACCCACAGCGCCAAGCUGCUGGGCCGCUAUCAUGCCCUCGUCGCCAAUGGGCUAUCGCGCCUCGUGCUGCAUCACGCUCCCGUGGAGAACUCUUUCUUCGAGCCCCUUGGCGCGUUGACGAACUUGAGGGAGCUGGAGCUGGUCUCCUGCCGCGGCGUCACGUCCGUCGGGGAUGCCAGUCGCAUCAAAAACCUCGAAUCUCUCACGAUCAUCUUCUGCCCUGUGGAGCCGGACGGAGUCUCGGGGCUGCACCUCUCGAACCUCAAGAAGCUGACACUGCGGUCCUGCAGCAAGCUCUCCAACCUGAACGCGAUUCACUCCGAGACGUGUGCCUCAUUGGUGGACGUGCACGUGGAAAGCUGCGGCGUAUACGAUGACACAUCUUCUGCCUUUUUUAGUGAACUCAGCUCCAACCUGCGCACUCUCGAUCUUACCGCGACCUUCAUUGAUACGGCCCUCACGCAGAUACCCAAAGAGGCGCUGGCGUCACUGACGACGUUGCUCAUGUCCGAGACGCCGCUCCACUCGAUGACGUUGAAUACACUGAAGACGUCGUUGGCUACGAGCUUGGAGCACUUGUCGCUGGACGGCUGUGAGGAAAUCGCUGACCUGUCCGCGCUAGGAAGCCUAAAGAAACUCCGCUUCCUCGAUGUGUCGCGGCUGAGCAUACUGCAGGACAUCGAGUGCGUGGCGCAGUGCACCCAACUCGAAAUGUUCCGCUGCGCCGCGACCGACCUCAACAACAUCACGUUUCUCAAAGACAUGGAACACCUGCGCGUGCUUGACGCGACGAACACGGCGCUCACGGACUACACCUUGAUUCACCUGGAAGAGUCGCCAGAGCUCGAUACGGUGGUGCUCACUGGGUGUCUGUACAUCUCUAGCAUCAACGCCUUUCACCGGUGCCCGAAAAUACGCCGCAUCCUGUGCGCGCGCACAGCCGUGACGAACGAGGGUGUGGAGAUGCUGACGGAGUGCGCCACGCUGGAGGAGCUUGACCUGAAGAUGACAAACGUGACAGACGUGAAUCGGUUGGCCGACUGCCCGGCUCUCAAGAUCAUCAACGUGUGCGGGUCUAUCAUGAUGCAGGACGCGAUUCAGCGGUUGUUGGAUAGGCCGUCCGUGGAGGUCAUCUGCGACUCCUUUGAGGAAGGUGACUACAUGGACUGCUAG